UGCUGUUGUGCUGGAAGGUUGCACAGUGUGGGGAAGAGGACAGUGACGGAGAAGCCCAGCCAGACACGGGUACCCAGUUGCUGUGCUCCGUGGGGCAAGAAAAGGGUGUUGGCACCCCACAACUGCCAUGGGGGGCAGACUCAGGGGCUCUUGGAUUUUCCCCUUGUUCUUGGCUGGGUUAAUUCAGCCUAACCAGGGACAGGAGAAACAGAAGGUGGACUGUUACAGUUCAGUGGAGGGAACAAUCUACAGGUAUGGGGCCCUCACCAUAGAUGGGCAGGAGUACAUCUCCUUCGGGAAGUACAAAGGGAAGACGAUUCUCUUUGUGAAUGUGGCUACCUACUGAGGACUCACCAUGCAGUACCUGGAAUUGAAUGCACUACAGAAGGAGCUGGCGCCGCAUGGACUCGUCAUCCUGGCCUUCCCCAGCAACCAAUUUGGCAAACAAGAACCCGGCGAGAACUCCGAAAUCCUCCCCGCGCUGAAAUACGUCCGGCCCGGGGGCGGCUUUGUCCCGAAUUUCCAGCUUUUUCAGAAAGGGGAUGUGAACGGGGAAGAGGAGCAGAAGUUCUACACCUUCCUGAAGAACUCCUGCCCUCCCGUGGUGGAAAGCUUCGGUGACCCCAAAAAGCUCUUCUGGGAGCCCCUGAAGAUCCACGACAUCAAGUGGAACUUUGAGAAGUUCUUGGUUGGCCCGACUGGGCGGCCCGUGAUGAGAUGGGGCCCCAGGACAAACUUGGCCGUGGUGAAGAAUGACAUCAUCGAUUACAUGAAGCGGCAGGUCUUUGGUCAGAGGAGACAGCGCCUGAUCAGAGAAGACUAAUGCAGAGAUGUCAGUGGUGGGAUGGGGUAGGACUCGAUGCUUUAUCCACAACUAAAAAUCUCCAUGCAAUGCAUCCAAAGAACUGAAUCCCUUGAUACAAAAUUCCUUCUGCUAUGACACCAAUACAGGUGGAAUCUGCUAGGAAAGGCACCAGUCUCUACAGACUAGUUUGCAUGCACACUCGUGCUACUCUGUAGAGACCGGCCCUGACCCCCACUUGCUAUAGACCAGUCCUGCAACAUGUUUUGGGGAAACAGUUGCCUAAAAUGACAUUUGAUUUACACCAGUCACCUAUCUCCCUAUAGCGUCACCUCCCCAUGCUGCAGCCAGACCUGUCUGCCAUCCUUAACCUGCCCUUCUCCACUGCCACCCUCUCCGUUCUGGAGAGAUUCAUUAUUAGCCAAGCUUUCCACUUCCUACAGAAAUACGGACAGGGGAAAUCUCAGGGGAGGGGAAAGACUCUUUGCAAGUACAGAGACCGGCCCUAUCCACUGCUCCCUCAGGGACAGACUCCUGCUGAAAGCCACUCAUCACUAUUUAUUUAGCAGUCCAGCCCUCCUCCCUUAGAACUGAUCUCGCUGUAUAUUUGCUUUUGCCAUCCCCAUAAGUUGGGCUCCUCCUGCUCUUGUCCCAAACCUGGCAGGAGAGCCCUUGGUGACAGAUGGGCUUGGAUGCUUGGAUAAUGUGCCUGGUCCCACCCCUCCCCACAAAAUCUUCCAGACCUGGAAAGUACCCCUUGGAAUCUCUCCUCCUGCAGCCCUGAGCUCCUUAGAGGGUGAGUUCUCUCUAGCUGCUGUGGCUUAGUGUGUAAUCUUGGGCAUGCAUGAGAGCAGGGCAUGGGCUCUGGGUGCUAGGAGAAUGCAUCACCAUGAAGGUUAGGUCUGAAAGCCCCCAAAGGGUGGACCUGUCCCAAGCCUGCAUGGGUGUAGAGCAGCCCUUCCAGUGCAUUCAAGCUGCUCUGCAGUUUCCUGUGCAGGGAUGCGCUCUCCUCUCUCUCUCCCAGGAACCCAGCUUCUCCUCCCGUGCCCGCAGCUUGUGUAGAGCUGUAGAAAUGCAAAAUAAACACCUGUGCAACCAGG